AACAAUCUGGAGGAAGGAGCCAUCAUGGCCACCUCGACAACACCGGCGCGCCUGCCUUUACGCAGAGGACCCUCGGGGACUCUCCGCGAGGCGACGGCUUCACCACGAUCACCGCACACGCCUUUACUGGGUCGGAGCACAUCGUCGCAAUUCGGCAGUCCAGGCACCUUUCGCGUCGAGCAAGAGGACGUAGUGGUAUACGAGCUGGGGGCUACGCAUUUCGCCGCUGGAUUUGCAGGAGAAAGCCGGCCCCGAUGCGUCCUACAGUUCUCGCACGACACCGCGCGGAGGGCGGGCGACUAUCGACAAUACGAUCCUCAAUACGCCAAGCUGUCACGGAGAUGGAGAGUCGGAGGCGAAUGGGGUAUCGAUCAUGAACUGUACAAGAUUGACCUCACAGAAUUGGAUCUCGGCUUGGUGGAGGACAAGCUGGAAAGAGCGCUGCGAACGGCACACAUAGACUACCUUCAGCUGGACACAAAAUCAAGAAAAGCUGUGCUGACUGUGCCAUCAUUACUGCCAAAUCCGCUGCUCGAACUGGCUUUGCGUGUGUUGUUUGCACAUUACACGCAACCUCCGACAAUCGUGGUCUUGACCCAUCCCAUCAUGUGCUGCGUGAGCGCCGGAGUCAGAAACGCGCUGGUGGUGGAUAUCGGCUGGGAAGAGACUGUUGUGACGGCGGUAGGUGAAUUCAAAGAAGUUUCGCAGUCGCGGAGUGUGAGAGCUGGCAAGAUGAUCACAAGAGAGAUGGGAAAUCUUAUCGAGGAAGGCGUCCGAAUGCGUGGAGAGGAGGACGAUACUAUGAAGGUCACUUUCGAGGACGCAGAAGACAUCACGCAGCGCAUGGCUUGGUGUCAACCACGAGAGCGGUCGGAAAGCACGGAACAGGCAAGCGUUGUACAGCUACCAGUGCCUGGAAGUGUUCCUUCAGCUACCUUUCCCAUGCCCUUUGACAGACUCGCGGAGCCAGUCGAGAAAUCGUUGUUCCAAUCCGCCGAACAGGACGAUCACAACUUGCCGGUGCAUCUCCUCGCGUAUCGUGUUCUCCUCGGUCUGCCGGCUGAUCUUCGCGCGCUGUGCAUGGCUCGUCUGAUCAUAACCGGCGGAGCAAGCAACGUACCAGGCCUGAAACGCCGCAUUCUGCAAGAGCUCUCGCAUCUUGUGUUCACUAGAGCCUGGGAUCCAGUCGAAAAUUAUGGCAGUGCAACAGCUCACCACGAAAAGGCCAUGAAAGAGAUAUCGGACAACAUAGCUUCUCGGCGCAAUCGACCUUCUCCGGAAAUGCCUACAUUUUCACCUAUCAAAAUGCCACUACAGGAAUCAGUGCCUCAUGGCGAUCGCGUACAUGACGAUCUGCGUGAUCCAAUCACGUUGGCUGCAGAGCAGGAGGCUGCGAGGGGGAAGACGACACCCAUCACAGGCGUCCUCAGAGGCGUGGAGACUCUCGGUCCGUGGGCAGGCGCCAGUCUGGUGGCAGCGAUGAGAAUCAAGGGCGUGCAUGAAGUCGAGAGAGAAGACUUCGCGAAGCAUGGUCUGAAAGACCUGGGCAAUGCGUUGUAAGGGGAUGGUCUGAAAGACCUGGGCAAUGCGUUGUAAGGGGAGGCUUCAAGACCAGACUCUAUCACCGGUGCUAUGUCGCCUGACUGAUGAGUGCAGUCGACGGUCGGAUGCUGAAUAGUAAGGUAGGCAUUGAGGUCUGCUCGGACGGUUCCGACUGUUGAGGUUUUUGACCGACGAUCUUGCUCUCGAGAGAGCAGUUAGCAACACGUGCCAAAUUCGAACUCGCACGUCACUAGCGUUCCUGUCAUGAAUGUUGAUCUCAAUAAUCUCG